AUGAAACGUCAUUUAAAUACGAAUGAAUUCUUGUCAUCAUCGUCAUCAAUUCAUCAUAUACGUCAUCGGAAACAACGUCACUUAAAUAAACAGGAAAUAUUAUAUAAAAAUACUUCCGUUUCACCGGUACAUUUACAUCAACAAAUAUAUACAUCAUCAAAUUCAUAUUUAAAAGAAUUUAAUCUAUCAGAAAAAGAUUUUAGUGAUUUACGAAAAGCACUUCAAACAAUUUUCUAUUGUAUACAACCUGACGUCAUUAAUGAUCAUAAACAACGUUUAACUAGUCCUUAUUUACAACAAAAUAAUCAAUCAUUUUUACCACUUUAUACAAAUGAAGAUUUUAUUCGAAAUGGUUUAUUAAAUCAUAAUGAUGGUCCACAAAUCUAUGAUAAUUAUUUUCAAUCAAGAAAUUUAUCCUAUUCAAAAUCUUCUUCUUCGACAAUGUUAACAUCUCCGAUGAAUAUUUCUGUACCAUUAGCAUUAUUAUCUAAUCAACAACAUUUAUUUACUGCAUUGACAAGUAAUUUUAUAUCAGAUAAAUCUAGACGAUCACAAUCUAAUAUGGAAUUAAAUAUGAGAAAAGAAAAUAAUCAUGAUGAAACUGAAUCAAUUGUUAUUCGACGAAAUAAAGUACAAACAUGGAAGAAAAAUAAUAUUCUACAACAAACAUAUUCUUCAAUACAAGAAAAUAAACAACUUGAUAUAUCUGAGUAUCAUCGAAGUUCUAUUGUUCGAACAACAUCAUCAAUAAUUAAAGAUGAUGAGACUAUGAAAAAUAUUAAUUCACAACAAUCAGAAAUAAAGAUUAAUGAUGAUCUAUUUCCCAUGAUAAAAAUACUUGCUCCAUAUAUCAUUAUUCGUGAUAUUUCAUAUUUAAAUUCAAAUUCUCUACUAUCAAAGAAUAUUAAUGGUAAUGAAAAUAAACAAUCUGUCAAUCAUUUAAGAAUAGGAUCAGAAAAACGUUCAUCAAAUGAUAUAUUACUUCCUACAUUUUCAACAGCCAAACGACGAUCAAUAGUCAUACCAUCCUUAUCGAUCACUAAUCAAAUUCUUGAAAUUAACAAUAAUAAACGUAUUCAAGAAGAGAAAACGAAUUAUUUACUUGCUGAAUUUGAAUCAGUUCUAACUCAAAUAUCUAAAAAAUAA